CUUGCUUAAAGCUGAGUAGCAUUGCAGCGACUGCAGCUGGCAUUUGGAGUCGCGGAGCGCAAGUUUCCUACCUUCGCAACGGUCUGAGCGAUCAGCCUACAUCGAUUGAGCCGUGCAUCUAGCGCAACCCCAUCAUUUGGAGUCUGGUGGUGUCAGCACAAUCAACCUUGCCGCCGCGAGCCCCGCGUGUCGAUUAAGCGCGACGCGUGAGGCUUCACUGCGCACGCGUCGAUUGCGUGCAGCACCGGCUUUUGCAGACAGCCCGACAAAAAACAUGGCGCCGCCGCCGCAAGGCGACUACCGCACCGUGGAACCAGGCAUCGAGGAGGCCAAGCUGAACGACGCGCCGCCGCCGCGCCGGCCGCUGCGAGCGUUGCCCUUCGUGUUGUUGGCCCUGGUGCCCUUCGGCGCCCACUUCUUCAAGGGCGCGCUGUCUGCUUUACAACUGCUCCUCCCGCUGUCGAAGGGCGAGUACGGUUUGUUGCACUCGAUGUUCGCGCUGCCCAAUGCUACUAUUGCGCCCGUGCUCGGCGGUCUUUUGUAUGACGCGCCGCGACUGCGGAAGCACGCUCUGACCCUCUUCGCGGCCGUAUGUUUACUGGGUGGUGCGUUGUGCGCCUGGGGCCUAUCGCAAGAACCAGAAAGUAUAACGCUCGCGGCGAUCUACACGGGCGGUGUCGUGCUAGGCCUGGGCCAGGGCGGCGCCGUCGUGUCGUGUCGCGCCGCCGCGUCGCGCGUCGGCGACGACGAGGCCUUCGCGCAGGGCGUCUUGGCGGCGGCAGCUAAUCUGGCGGCCUUCGGGGCCAAGAGCCUGAGCGCGCCGGUGGCGUUGUACUUCGGGGACUACCGCGCGGCGUUGGCGAUGCUGCUCGUGGUCCAGGCUUUUUCGUUGUUGGCGGCGGCGACCGUGGCGCCGGCCCCGACCAACGCGCCGCCGUCGCCGAUAAUCCGGCGCGCGUCGUCCGGGAGCUGCUUCUCGACCUGGGGCUGCCAGUUUUUGAGAAGUGAGCGGUUCUGGCUCGUGGCCUUGUGUCAUGCGAUCUUUGUCGUCGUCUUCAAGGUCUUCGAGAACUUUUCGUCCGCGAUCCUCAAGACCAUCUACGGCUACGACGUCGAGAAGGCGGGGUUCGUGGCGUCGUUGGUCCCGCUCGCUUCGGUACUAUUGGCGCCGGCCGUCGGCCUCGCGUCGGACCGAGCGCCGUCCGCGGCCGCGCCGAUCCUCCUGGCGGCGGUCGCGGCCGUCGCGGGCUUUACGUCCCUCGCCUUCGGCGCCACGACGGUGCCAGCUCCUUUAUGUGUCGGGCUCAUCGCCAUCUCCCACGCGUGCCUGCCCACGUUGUUACUGGCGCUGGUCCGCGACAUCGUGAAGGUGUCUUCGCGAGGCGCGGCGUUUGGUGUGCUCGAGACCGUGGUGGCCGUGGGCAACGUCGUCGCCCACGCGGUGUUUGGGUACCUGGCCCAACAGGGACUGCAUCCCAUAAAGCUCCUCGUCGGCCUCGCCGUGAUCGGGAUCAGUCUUUUCAUGAGACUCGUCUACAUCCCGACGCCGCCCGACGCGCGGCUCUCAUUAUCGUCCGAGAACCUCAUGAGAUUAGGAGGCUCGCCCGGAAGACUACUAGGCAAUGUUGUGUAAUCCUAUUUAAC